AUGUUCAAACGAAGCCUUGUCGUUGUAUCAGCUCUGGCAGCUUAUGUUUCUGCCCAGACCGACCAACCAUCCGACCAAUGUACGGCGGCACUCUCGCAGAUUGCGCUGAAUCCUGAAGCUGCAUCCUGCUUGAAUACUGUUCCCCUCAUUUCUGUUCUCACCGGAAACUCGUCUUCCCCCCUUCUUCCAACUUUGAAGACAUGGAUAACUGGCAUGUGCAAUGCUGCUCCUUGUAGCAACGAAACACUCGCUGCAGUCGUCCAAAACGUUACUACUGGAUGUGCAGAAGACUUUGCUGCCUACAACCUCACCGAGGAUGGCGGUGGAGUAUUGACCACUAUCCAACAAUACUACCCUACUGUCCGCAAGGUCCUUUGCUUGCAAGAGAGCGGUGAUAAUUGUGUUGUCAAGACUGUCGAGGCCGUUGAGGCCAAGGUUGGAGAACUAACCCUCGACAAUAUCAUCGCGACUGGCCUCAACUCGUCGCUGAUCGCUUCGGACAUUAUUUGCACCGACUGCGUCAAGGCUGCGUACAAUAUCGUUGUACAAGAUAUCCCUCAGCUAGGUUCUGGGGGUCUCACAGGUGGAGCUGAGUCUCUCUGUGGCGCCAAUUUCACUGAUGGCGAUACCCCAGAAAACAUCUCAGAAUCCUCUAACGAGGAAUCUUCCACCGAUGGGGAUUCCGGUGACGCCCAAAACGUAUACCUCGGUCUUGCUGCUUCUUCCGUUGCUGCCAUUUCGACCGUCUUCACUCUAUUCCUUUGAACAAUGGAGUCAUGACCAGUGAUUACGAUAGGGCUGGAACCUAUGCACCAGCACACCCUUUCACGUCUUUACGUAUAUACUAGAGGAUUAUGGACUUGAAUAUAAUUACCCUGUAUUGACCUGU